AUGUCCCAGCGUGGCAUCAAGGCCGUCAAGUUUUUGACUCUUACCGAGUUGACAGUCGUCUAUAUCGUGCCGCUCGCGACCUUCACUAACGAGAGUCUCAACGAGCGAGUUCUGUGGUGCCCUUUUGGCCUAUCACUACAGCAUGAUUCGGAGCCAUAUGACGGUCAAAGCCUCAGCAUCACUACUAUCUCCAGCAAUGCGACCUUCAAUGUCAGCGACCCUGACUUCGAUACACGUCACUACGGCAACGUCACAUACAAGCUCACACCUUACCAGGGCGUCUUAACAUACGACAUUCAGCUCAGCGUCAUCACGGGAGCUGUCGGGCUUCCCUGCUGGGUCAUCGUCUUACUUUUACUGGUCCUGCGAGGCGACUUAGGUAUACGAGCCGGAGGCGCCCUCGCUGCCUGCCUGCCCUUCAUAGCAAAAGCACACUGGCCUCGCAGACGUGCAAAGCAGCCCGAAAGGCAGCGCGGGAACCACCAAAAUAAUUCACUGCCAGUUACUACGACGACGAGGCCGCAGCUUCCGGACUACCUGGCGGCAGACCCAGCACCACAGCCCAUGCCAACAACUCUAUCGCCCGUAUCCCUCCACAUUCUGCAGUGGCUAUACACUCUCACCUCCCUACUUACCUUUGGACUUGCGCUCUCGGCAUACCUGGAGAACUUCUUCCCCUCGGGCUACCUCGACAAUGGCUAUCCGGCCUCAGAUGCGGUAAGCGACACGAAAGCACACGUUUCGCUCACCAGGUGGGUGUGCUUUCUCGAAUCAGAGAUCUUCAUUGCCGAUCGUGAAGUUGCGUCAAAACAGCCCGGACCUUCCUUCGGAAACAAGCAAUACACUGUGUUCUCCCCAGUGAACGAUCGCGAUCGGGAGUAUGUGCUCGCGCACGAUGUGAAGAUGGCAUGUCAAGCAGCAACAGUCAUGACGGUAGCGAACAUUCUGCUCAUGAAUCUUGCCAACCUGACCAUGAACGACUACAUCAGUCCGAUCUCGAAGGCGCUUUUCACUCUUACCAUUGUCGACCAGGAUGAAAGUGCUCCGGCAGACGAAACAGAUACACCAAAACCUCGAACGAACCCGUAUGCACUGAUCAGACACACCGAGCUAUCAGCUAAGGACCCGCAACUACAACUGAAAGGCAAAGGUAAGGAAAAAUGUAAUGAGGAUUCCGCAGAGCCCUCCUCCUCACCGCUAGGCCCUGGCCGAUUCCGACUCCUCAAGUUUCGACUUGAUGGUGACAAGCUCUCUUGCACGACCUCGUCCAAAGAUCUGAACGAAGCACCGGCCUACAUUGCACUCUCAUACUCUGGGGGUUUCGUCGAUGUCUCUCACUCAAUCGAAGUGGACGGCAAAGACUUUCUGGUUCUCCGCAAGCAAUUCGUCUUUGAGGUUUGCGAUGGUAAUGUCUGGAUCGAUGCCGUGGCCAUCAACCAGAAAGAUAUCGUCGGGAAGACACAGCAGGUUCAAUUGAUGUCAGCUAUCUAUCAAAAAGCGACCUUCGUCGUCGGAUGGCUAGGAGAGCUGACCGAGGGCAACCGCCGAGGCUUGCAACUCAUCAAACGCGUCAUGGAAACGAUCGGAAUCCGAGAAAUCUACGACGCCAGCAUGAAUAACAUGCGCAGCCGACCCAGUGUCGCAGAGACAUUCACCAUCGCCGAACAACACAAUCUGCCAUACAUUGGCCAUCCUGCCUGGGAAGAUGUCGUCACGAUCUACCAGAAAGGCUGGUUCGGCCGCGUCUGGGUCAUACAGGAGUUUCUCUUCGCCAAAAAGUUCACAUUCCUCUGCGGCGACGUGAUGAUCGAGGACGAUCUCGUCCACUUCGCAGCAAGUCUCGGACAGCUCCCCUUCCUCGAGCAAGCCGUGUCUGAAGCGCGUGGGAGUAGUCUAGGCCUCCACUUCGCGAGGUCGCUCGCCACAUGGAGAGAGGAUUGGGGGAAAGGCGUCAGGCAGAACAUGUUUUCCUGCCUGCUCAAAACCUUGUUUGCCGCAGCUACAGAUUCUCGCGACAAAGUUUUUGCUCUCGUCUCACUCUGCAACGAUAUUGGCCCCGAGAUCAUCGACUACAAGCAGUCUGCCGAGAAUGUCAUGCUUGCAUUCGCCUUGCACCAUUUUCGAGCCCAUGCUCCCAACAUCGAAGCCUUUCUUUCGCUGCCACAGACAUUUAAUCCAAUUGAAGGCAAACCUAGCUGGGUGACAGCCUGGAUUGGAGGGAAACCCAGCGGCAGCUUUGCACUCGGACUUGGAAAACACUCUGGUCUCAAUCAAAGCAUUAUACCGUCUUCGCGCACGAAGAUGGGUAUCGCAGUGACCGCAGGUCGGUAUGCGUUCUUCGUCGACAGCUCGAAGUUUGACACCAUCGCUGUUAUUGUUGAUCCGCAACUACCAGUCAAUGACAUUCCAUCGAUCGAAGGCAUGACGCGCGGUUUCCACAACGACGAGUAUGCAGCGUGGUUCAAGAAAUGGUGGACCCAUGAGUUGAAGAGACUGGAGUUUAAUUGCGAGCUCGCCGAUUUGACUGAAGGUCUUGGUACUUAUCCAACCGGAGAAGAGAUCGAAGACGUGCCGGGCGACGGCGCGACCUGUUCCGCGGCCAAACUUAAGUGGGAUGCUGCCAGAAUACUGUCGCUGGGCACUCAGAUCCACGACGACUACAAUCAAUCCGGCAUGACCCUGGAAAUGUUGCGCGUGGGAGAGGAGUACGAGCGGAAACUUAGAGACUACCAGUUGUGCAUGGCCACCGUACAAAACGAUAUAUCUGUCGGUGGCAUCCCGCCGUCACGCCUGUACGCCAUCACUGAGAACGGCUAUGUUGCAUGGGUGCCUCCCGAGACUGCGAUUGGCGAUGAGCUGCACAUGAUCCAUGGAGCGCGGGUCCCUUAUAUUCUUAGGAGACUCGAAGAACAUGAGUCCGCACAUGCGGUGUCCCUUGUUGGGGAUGCCUAUGUGCAUGGCCUGAUGAUGGGGACUCGUAUCUAUGAGAGCGGCUUGCUGGAACCUAGGACUACGAUUGACAUAUUGUAG